GAGUUUUGUUAUGUUAACAUCUGGCCUGACCCUCUCAGUUUUUCAUCUCCGCUCAACACGUUUCCCCAUGGCUCCAAUUUCUCUCUCUUCUUUCUCUCAUCCGGCUUCAGUUGUUCCUUCGCCUUGUCUGCAACUUUACCGGCGAAUCUUACUUCCCCGUAGAACUCCAACUCUUGUUUGUUCUUCCUCCACUUCGAUUACGUCUUCCUCAAUUUCGGCGCCGGAAGUAGUGGUUACAAGAGAGCGCGGCAAGAACGGGAAGCUCGUUAAUGCUCUGGCAAGGCAUGGAAUAAACUGUUUGGAACUUCCCCUCAUUCAACACAGACAAGGACCUGACUUGAAUAGGCUACACUCUGUACUUAGUGAUUCUGUAUUUGACUGGAUUGUCAUAACUUCCCCUGAAGCUGGCUUGGUGUUCUUAGAGGCAUGGAAGGCCGCUGGAAUGCCAAAAGUUAGAAUAGGUGUUGUCGGAGCUGGUACAGCUAACAUUUUUGAGGAAGUGUUGCAAUCAUCAAAACUACUUGAAGUGGCAUUUGCACCCUCAAAAGCAAUAGGCAAGGUCUUGGCUUCUGAGCUUCCAAAGUUAGGAAAUGCAAGGUGCAGUGUCUUGUAUCCUGCUUCUACUAAAGCAAGCAAUGAUAUUGAGGAAUGCCUUUCAAAUCGUGGAUUUGAGGUCAUGAGGCUUAACACCUACACCACGGCACCUGUUGAUUACGUUGAUCAAACCAUUCUCGAGCAAGCAAGGUCAUUGCCUGUUGUCACAGUGGCUUCCCCUUCUGCAGUUCGCGCGUGGGUCAAUCUUAUUUCAGAGCCAAAGGAGUGGGAAAAAUCACUUGCCUGUAUUGGGGAAACAACUGCAGCAGCAGCGAAAAGAUUAGGAUUGAAAAACAUUUACUACCCUAAGAAUCCUGGCUUGGAAGGGUGGGUUGAUAGUAUAUUGGAAGCACUAAGAUCAGAAGCUCAAGUGGUUGGUCACUUUUCAGACUAGCAAAUAUUUGAAGUUGUGAAUUAAAGCAUCUCAUCAUCAUGGAAUGAUCACCCGUCCAUUUGCCCGAGUAUUUAUUCGAGGUUAGGCGAAUGGAACUUUUCUAUUCCAGUAGUCCUACGUACAUUCAUCCCACAGUUUGUUGGCUUUGGUAUUAGAUAAUUAGUGCCCAUUGAUCUAUUUUCUUUAUUGUUCUUUUAGUUAAACAUGUAGGGUGAGAGACUUAAACCUUGACCUCUUGGUCGAUGACACGUUAUUGAACUAGUUGAGUUAUGUUCGGUUGACUUUUAUUUUAUUUUAAUAGAAUGUAAAUUCAGCUCCAUUAUCCCAAA